CUAUUGGACAUGGUCAUAUCAUCUCAAACAUUUUCUCAUAACUGAUCAUUGAUCUAAACAACUCCCAAAUCAACUGUGAUACAUUCAUUCCUAAAUUUACCUCACAUCCGAUCAUCCACCAUUCCAUUCAAUACAUCAUAGCCAAACCAUUCCUACUUCAAAAGCAAGGGAAUAUUAUCGUCCACUGCUUCAACAUUCAUUAUCCAGUUUUCAAAAAAGAAAAAGGAAAAAAAAACUAAGUUUUCAUUAUCCAACGGACCAACCAGAGAUAACGGUAGAGAACUCUCUCUCUCUCUCUCUCUCUCUGCUCCCUUUUUUUGUCUCCCAUAUAUACCUGUGAACGACUUGAUACAACAAAGUUCUCGGAGAAGGCCACCGUGAUCCAUGGCUUCUCUGAAAUUCUCAACUGUAACGGAGUUAUAUGAACCCAGAAAGUCCAAUAUUUCAGGGAAGGUGGAGACCUAUUGGGUUUCUUGUUUUACUGGUUGGGUUCAGAUUUCCAGAGGAGCUCUUAAUGCUGACCCCUUCAGAAGACUCGAUCAUAUCAGUGCUUCUAGGUUGGCCACAGAACUGGUCGACGACCCAGAAUCAAACCCCGUUGAUUCUCAUUCCCAAAAAUCAUUGGAAGAAUCAAAGUCAGAAUUAAACCCAAUUCCUAAACGUGAGGGUACGAAGAUCAGAAGAAAAAUAUGGAAGAGAUUUCGGGCUGCCAAGGGAGAAGAAGCUCUGAACUCUGGUUCUAGAAUGAAGGAACAAGAAGAAAAAACAUCAUUUGGAUGUGACGAAGAGGGUAAGGAGUCUGUUUCAAUUUCUUGUAUUGAUAAUGACUUAGUGGUUGCCAUGCCUGCUGUUGCGCCUUCUGCAAGUGUUGAGCGUUGUAACUCUGUCUUAAAACGGCUUGAGAAGGUCAGUGACAUCAAAGCACUAACCUUCUUCAAUUGGAUGAGAAGCAAUGGGAAAUUGAAAGAAAAUCCUACUGCUUACAUUUUGGUACUUCGAGUGCUGGGAAGGAAAGGGGAUUGGGAUGGAGCCCAUGAAUUGAUUAAAGAGAUGACUACUGUUUCUGAUUGCAAACUCAACUUUCAGGUUUUCAAUUCACUGAUAUAUGCUUGUUAUAAAAAGGGUCUUGCAGUUAUUGGAAUCAAGUGGUUCCAUUUGAUGUUGGAGAAUGAGGUUAAUCCCAAUAUCGCCACCUUUGGUAUGCUUAUGAGUCUAUGCCAGAAGAGUGGCAAUCUUGAAGAAGCAGAAUUUACCUUUGCACAGAUGAGGUCCUUCAAACUGCUGUGUCAAUCUGCCUAUUCGGCGAUGAUUACAAUAUAUACCCGCCUCGGUUUAUAUGAUAAAUCAGAAGAGAUUAUUAGCUUAAUGAAAGAAGAUGGAGUGAUUCCGAAUUUGGAGAAUUGGUUAGUUUUACUAAAUGCUUAUAGCCAGCAAGGCAAGCUAAAGGAGGCUGAAUGCAUAUUAAUGUCAAUGCAUGAAGCAGGGAUUUCGCAGAACAUUGUUGCAUACAACACUUUGAUCACUGGUUAUGGGAGAGCCUCUGAUAUGGAUGUUGCACAGAGCCUAUACCAAAACCUCCAGAAUGUCGGUCUGGAACCUGAUGAAACAACUUACAGGUCAAUGGUAGAAGGCUGGGGUAGAGUUGACAAUUAUUCAGAAGCAAGAUGGUACUAUAAAGAACUCAAAAGGGCAGGAUUUGAACCCAACUCAUCUAACCUGUACACAAUGAUAAACCUGCAGGCAAAGUAUAGGGAUGAAGAAGGUGCUGUUGAAACCCUAGAGGACAUGAGGAAGAUGGGGUGCCAGUAUUCCUCCAUUCUCAGUAGUCUCUUACAAGCAUAUGAGAAGGCUGGAAGAGUAGACCAGGUGCCUUGGAUUCUGAAAGGUAUGUUUUAUGAACAUGUGUUGGUUGACCAGACUUCAUGUUCAAUUUUGGUCGUGGCUUAUGUGAAACAUUGUUUGGUUGAUGAUGCCUUGCAUGUUUUAAGGGACAAACAGUGGGAGGACCCAAUUUUUGAGGAGAAUUUGUAUCACUUGUUAAUUUGCUCCUGCAAAGAGAUGGGUCAUCAUGAAAAUGCUGUUAAGAUAUUUACUCGAAUGCCCAAAUUGGAUGACCGUCCAAACCUACACAUCACUUGUACAAUGAUAGACAUAUAUGGCGUCAUGGGUCUUUUUACUGAAGCAAGGGACCUCUAUCUUAAGCUAGAGUCUUCAGGAAUUGCCUUGGACAUGAUUGCCUAUAGUGUUGUUGUUAGGCUGUAUGUUAAAUCUGGUUCUUUGAAUGAUGCUUGUUCAGUCCUAGAUGCAAUGGAGAAGCAGAAGGAUAUCAUCCCAGACACCUUUUUGUUCAUGGACAUCCUUCGGAUUUAUCAACGGUGUGGCAUGCCGGAGAAGUUGGCAGAAACAUACUACAGGAUAUUGAAGAGUGGUGUCACCUGGGAUCAAGAACUGUAUAAUUGUGCCAUUAAUUGUUGUGCUCAUGCCUUGCCACUGGAUGAGAUUUCUCGGCUUUUUGAUGAGAUGCUCCACCAUGGGUUUGCUCCAGAUAUCAUUACCUUCAAUAUCAUGCUUGAUGUUUAUGGAAAGGCCAGGCUUUUCAAGAAGGCCAGGAAGGUCUUUUGCAAUUUUUGCAUUGCCAAAAACAAGGCUUGGUAGAUAUGACUUCUUACAAUACUAUAAUAACUGCCUAUGGGCAAAGCAAAGACAUAAAGAAUAUGAUACCUAGUGUUCGAAAAAUGCAAUUUUUUGGAUUCUGUCUCCCUUGAAGCCUAUAAUUACAUAUUGGAUGCCUAUGGAAAAGAAGGCCAGAUUGAGAAAUUCAGAGAUGUGCUCUUUUGCACUUUUCUGAAAGUAUUGAUGCUGACCCUCCUGAUUCUGUUAAAUCUUUGAGGAACUCAAGGUGCUUGCAGAAGAGCUUUCAGUUCUAGGUUCAGUCUGUGGAAUUUCACAGCCCCUCACCUAUGUCCAUUUAGCCUGCUAUUGCCUUCCAUUUUUUAAUGGUCUGACUUGCUUUCUGUUCAAACUUCUGUAGUCUUUUUUCUUCUCUCACCGUUAUUGAACCAAGCUUCUGUAGUCUUAAAUGUAAAGCCAAUGAGUUUGUUAAGAGAAGGAUCUAUAUAAUUUGAUGUUUGUAAAAUAAAAUUAGUCAACCCUAAUAACCAAAAACAAAAAGGUGUGGCUGUCAUGGUUCUUGUUUCCAUUUGGGAGAAGAUAAAAUUAUUUUUUUCAGUAGUUCUUACAAAACCACCACUAAGCCACAGUUCUGCAAUCCAGUGGUCAAUACCAUCGGUGAUAAUGGCGACCAUGGGUUUUCGUGGGAGUUUGUUGCAUUAGGGCACUCUUCUGAUCAAAUGUUAUCAAGGCGUAAAGCAAACUAAGGCGAGGGAGGAAGGCAAAUAAUCAAGCGGAUGCCUUGUCACCGAGGCGACCAAGGUGGCAGUCCAGGCUGGACCACCUUGAUAACUAUGCCUCUCUCUCUCUCUCUCUCUCUCUCUCUCUAUAUAUAUAUAUAUAUAUAUGUUUUAUUAUCUUUUUUUUGCUAUCUUUCAUACGUGGAGAAUGCGAAGAAAAAUGUGUUAUCUUUUAUUAUCUUUUUUUGCUAUCUAUAGAGGUGAUUAUUUUUUCAGUUAAACACAAUGACACUCAUUAUCAUUCUUCUGCUCAUUGAUGAUCUUCCCAGUUUCCUCGAUUUCGGUUUGAAAGGAACUAGAUUUUUUGCUUUCUCUUUUC